AUGAGCAGGUGGAGGCAACGGAUUGAAAACCGAUCAAUAUGUGAGAAGAAGAAAACUUACCAUGGAGAAUGUUUAUGCAUGGGUGGAAACAAUGAUGAUAGCACUAGAGGAAGUGACUUUUCUGGGGAAGGAGGGGGCGAUCCCAAUAACAAUAAUUAUAUAAAAAACAUGGAUGCGUAUUACCAGAAAAUGGUGAAGGAAAAUCCAGGAGACUCUCUUUUGUUAACAAAUUAUGCUCGCUUCUUGCAUGAGGUUAUAGGUGACAUAACAAAGGCAGAAGAAUACUAUGAAAGGGGCAUUUUAGCAAGCCCAGGUGAUGGAUAUUUAUUGUGUCUCUACGCCAGCUUUAUAUGGGGAGCCCAAAACAACCCACGUCGUGCUCAGGCUUAUUUUGAGCAAUCUGUGGAGGCUGCACCAAAUGACUGUUACGUUCUUGCAUCGUAUGCCAUUUUCCUCUGGAAUUCUGAAGUGGGGGAUGACGAUUAUAAUGAUUAUGAUCAUAAUCUUGUCUAG